GGAGAGCCAUGACUUUGUCACACCAUCUUCUUCUUCUUGGAGUGCUCUCUCUAUGGCAUUGCAGUGCAGAUUCUGCAGACCCUUUAGGGGUUUUCUGCAACAAAGACACUAACAUUGGGAGUGGGAACGCAUCAGCCGACUUUGAUGACUUGUCGGUUCAAUUGGUCUCAAAAGCUUCCACAAAUGGCUUCGUUGCUAUCUCCUUUGGUAGUGGUCAAUACUUAGUCCACGGCUUGGCACAAUGCAGAGGAGAUGUGGGCAAGGAGGGCUGCUCAACUUGUAUUCAAGAUGCUGCAAAGCAGAUUCGUACGCGUUGUCCAAACAAGGCCGACGCCAGGAUUUUGUUUGAUUACUGCUUUCUAAGGUACAGCGACAAAGACUUCAUAGGGAAAGUUGACACGGGCUUUGGGAUUUUCUUGCGCCAUGGGGCUAAGGUAACUGAAACGGAACGGUUUAAUGAGGAAUUAGGCAAGCUGAUGGAGAAGAUCAGAUCGCAGGCUGUUGAACCCCAGAACGCAGGGCUGGGUAAAGGCCAGACAAAGCUCACACCCUUCGUCACACUCUACGCCUUGGUGCAAUGCACACGGGAUCUGUCGCCAUUGUCCUGCGCCCAAUGCCUGGCCAUUGCUGUUGGCAAUUUCUCCGACUUCUGCUACAACAUGAAGGGUUGCCGCGUUUUGUAUAGCAGUUGUUAUGCUCGCUACGAGCUUUAUCCAGUCUCCUUCCGUCUCGGCUCUGCCCUAAUGUUUUCUAAUACUCAGAAGGUUUAUCCAUAGAUUUAGGCCAUGCCAACAUCAGCGGUUCGUCAUGCCUAAGAAAAGGAUAUAUGCAGAACUUUUGUCCUAUUUUGUAGCUUUGCAUGCAUGUGAAUCUUCUCUUUUA